AUGGCAUCACCCAAGAUCGUCCUGAUUACUGGUGGAAAUAGCGGGAUUGGCUACGAAGCUGUCAAGGCUUUCUUUGAAUCCCAGAAUGCCUACCGUGUUUUCAUGACUAGUCGAUCGCUCGAAAAGGGGCAGGAGGCAAUUGACAAGCUUCGAGAGGGAUGUCCAACUGCGACCAACACAGUCGAGCUACUCCAGCUUGAUCUCGCCAGCGAUGAAUCGAUCGACCAGGCCUUCAGGCGGGUUAAAUCCGAGGCUGGAUAUAUCGAUGCUCUGGUUAAUAAUGCUGGCGCCACGUUCGACAUCGAGUACAUCCGCGGCAAAACAUCGCUCCGUGAAUGCUUCAUGAACGCUUAUAACGUCAAUGUUGCCGGCACGCACGUCAUGACAGCAACCUUCAUGCCGCUCCUACUCAAGUCCUCAGACCCCCGAUUGAUGUUUGUGACGGGCUUGUCGGCCAUCAACCAGGCCGGGGAGAAAUAUUUCCCAACUCCACCCCAGCCGGCAGGGUGGCCGAAGAAAAUCGACUUUGAAACCAUUGGAUACCGCUGCAGCAAGACAGCGCUGAACAUGUUGAUGUUGGAUUGGAAUCACAAGUUGAAGGCAGACGGGGUGAAGGUUUGGUGUGUGGGACCCGGUAUGCUGGCGACUAAUCUCGGAGGUGUGCCGGAACUGGCGAUUGAGAUGGGUGCCAAACAUCCGAGUCUUGGUGGUCGACUGUUGAGGCAAGUUGUUGAAGGAGAGCGCGAUGACUCGGUCGGCAAGAUUGUAACGGCAGUCGGGGUGAUGCCUUGGUGA